UCAGGUUACAGAACCUGAAUUUAUCCUGAUUGAAGCGCGACCCCAAAUACAGCAUCAAUUUUCCAAUAGAGAUUCAUAAUCAUGUCGGCGUUCUUCAAAAACAGCUGCAAAUACUGCAAACACAGCUACCAGUGAACCCAAAACGAAGCGUACCAAAACAACAGAUUCACCAGCCAAGCAAUAUGUGUAUAUUGUUAUGCAUGAAACCUCGCUGGGUUAUAACCAGGGUGAUUCUACCAGUGUGGCUGGAGUAUUUUCAACUAUUGAAGAUGCCACGAACUGUAUAAAGAGAAUCGUCAGUGAGGAGUAUGAAGGCUUGGUUACAGAGGAUGAAGAUACGGUUGAAAUUACAGAACGUAAUGGUCUGUUGAGGUGGUACAAUAAUGAUAACGGGGAAGGCGACAUGGCAUCUCUUUACGUGGAAAGCAUAUGCUACGAGCGCCAGGCUCCGAAAAGCAGAGAGAAUGGGGUCAGGAUGCAGGCGCGGGUAGCGGGGUGGAGGAUGGAGAAGAAGGGGAGGAAUGGUUUGAAGAUGUACUUCGCCGCCGUUAUAAGAUGGUAUUAUCUGUGAAUGAAUCUAGUGUGAGGGUUGAACCAAUUACCUAUCAAGCGAGGUUAUCUUCCUGGCUCAGUUCGUUCAUCUCAGUACAACCAGCAUAUUACCCUGAGAGCGGAAAGCGGCCCUCGCCUUCGAUGAUGUGUUUGACAUUAUCAUUCUAGUUUAAUCACCC